AUGGCGUCGCAACAAGACCUUCAGGAGCUCAUUCGGCUUAUGACUAUCGGCAUGAGAGUUCCUAUGAAAGACGCUCUAGGUCGAAUCAAAGAACUCCAAGCCAAAAACCUCCGUAGUAUCCAACAGAUAGCUGAGUGCCCCCUUUCGGAUGUCACCGCCGCUAUAAAGGACACCAAAGCUGCUCGAUCCCUCCAUAGUGCUUGCAAAGCCCGACUGAAGAAUCCAACCGCACCAUCGACGGCCAAGCGGGCUGGGUCUACCCUUGAAAAUGCAUCCAAACGUGCCAGGCAGUCGAAUGAAAUAGGUUACAUUGAUGGACCAGAGCCUGUUGCGCCGCACGAGCUUGAAGCAUCAUUCACCUUACCUAUAGAGACAGACGAGAAUAUAAUUGCCGAUACCGUACUCUUGACGAACCGAGCCCCGCUUGUCCUUGCUUUUGCCGUAGAACUAUUGCGAUGCACCAUGCCGGAGCAACCUCCUUCGAGUCGAUUAAGCUUAGCUCAAGCGGUAGUGAGCGCCAACUCGAGGAGUAAGGCAGUCUCGAUCGGUAUAGAAAAGGGACCCAGCGCCGAUGAUCAGGGUUGGGGACAUGGUCAACCUAGGGUGAAAGUGAUGGGUCGUGAAGUCGCAGUGUUGAAAAGAGGAGGUUAUGAGUGGAAAGGGGAUGAAAAGGUAGAAGACCACUCGAAGUCUGGAGAUCCUAUAGCUGGCAAUGCGGGCACUCCACCACCAAGGGCUACGGAAACUAGUGUUAACCAAGAUGUAUCAUCAGGAUCCCCUGUUGGUCCCGUAUUGAACGCUUGGUCAGUUAGUCAACCUAUCACCUUGAAAGGAUCAACUUUCAUAGUUCGCGCCACGCAAAUCACAGGGCCGUCCCAGCGCCAAUCGAGUAUGCAAUCACUGUUUACGGCGGUACCAUCUUUGCAGAAUGCGACGCACAAUGCCUGGGCGUAUCGUGUUCAAGUACCGACGAAUUUGUUCGGAGCAACUACAAUUAGAGAAGAUUCGUUUGAUGACGGUGAAAGCGGAUGCGGUGACUUCUUGCUAAAGAAUUUACGAGAAGCAAACACUAUUAAUACGCUUGUGGUAAUGACUCGCUGGUAUGGGGGCAUCAUGCUUGGGCCUGAUCGGUGGAGAAUAAUACGAAAUUGCCUCAAGGACGCACUGGCAGAACGCCUCCGGGUUACGGGAGAGCAAGCUGCAUUGGGUGGCGAGGCUGUGUGGGGGUUGGACCUUGAGGCUGCGAAAAAUAAAUCUGAAGCUGCUGGCUCGGCAUCUAGUCGGUCUUAUGAGGCAGGCGUAGUGGGAAUGCCCAUUCAUAGACCAGAAGUCGCGAAGGCAUAUCUUUUCAAGAGCUUUGCCGCCAGAGUUGAUAACCUUGACGAUGGUGGCAAAGGUGCUGACCCAGAUGUUUCUGCAGAUCACGAAGCAGAUACGUCGAAGCGGAAGACAGCUAGAGCGUUAGAGCAAGAGAAAGAAGAGAACGUCGCGAGGCUACUCGGCGCCUUAAGGCUUCUAUUUGACAGCUGGGCAGAGCACCUCGGUACUAGCGAGCUUGAUAGACGCGCAUGGGGUUGGUAUAUAGCGGUACGACCCGACGUUGAAAGUGGCCCUUCCGGCUGGGGGGCAAAGGGGCGUUUGAAGCUUGCUGACAUUUUGGCUUUACGGCGAAAGAAAGUAUAA